AUGGCACACUGGAAUUCGACGUUGAUGCUAUUCUACUUUUUACAUAUUCUCUCUACAGCGUUCCAAGUGAAUGCCCAUUAUUGGUUCUUUCCUCGCGCUCCUGGCGUAGCCUUCGGCCUGACACCUGAUUAUGGGCAAGUCGUAGCUGCGAUCCACCUCAAAGACGGAACGACUGUCCCCAUAGCUCGGAUACAGGGACGUCCCGACUACCAGGCUUUCAUGAGGAAGCGAACGACCUCAACUACUCACGACAGUAGCACCCUCUGUCGCUGGUUCUCCCCAGUCUUGAACGUUCUUCCGUCGGCCUUGGGAUUGGACGUUAAUAUUUGCCACCAUCCAGAUGUCAACAGCGUAAAGACCCUGCUUGGAACGCUCAAGGUAGCAGUAGAAUCAUAUCUCGGCACCAACUUCUGCUAUGCCGCACUCAGCUUCGAUCACGUUCAAAAGAACUAUGAGGAGAGCGUUGCUCGAGAGGCUCUCCGAGCUCUGGGGGUUAGUCCAAUACUCGGCGUUAUUCAAGCGGCCAAGUGCGAAAUACUUUCACGCGAACCCAGGGGGGAGCCUGAUUUUGACGCCCCAGGUUACGAGAUUCCAGAGCCUCGGACUGUCCUUGCGAUAGACUACAGCCUUCAUUGGUUCAAUGUUGGAAUGUACACCUUCGACGAGGGUGUUAUUUUGGACCCAGUCGAGGGCACUGUGGUUGGGCCUACAAUCGAGAAGGACAAUCAAUUGCAGGCACUGAAGGAGUCAUUGGAACAUCUGUUCGCCAAGCCACCGCCGGAAUUCAAUCUCCCUGAAGAUAUCCACCAAUUAUUGGUGUAUGGUGACGAUUCGCACAAUGAAGCUCUCUAUCCCCUGUUGGAGAACUUCCUUGGUGCAGACUUGGUUCGAAAUGCCAACAUCUCCACUUCGGUAUUCGAUGGUGUUGCCUUCCUGGCAGAGGCAGCACAUGACUACAUGAAUGACGUUCAAUUUGAGGAAAAGGUUCGUCCUCAUUUCGGUUGUAUGUGGCGGUCCAAGUUGUAUCGUAAACCAGGCCAUAGUGAGCUAUAGACAGCGCGAUAUGGGAAACUGUUUGGAAAAAGCACCCUUAGGCAUCAACUUUUCUUGUCGCUAGACAGAGAAGUAUAGAGUGCAGCGUUUUGACCC